GGGCUCUAGUGACUGUUCUGUGUUUGCUCUCUCUCAGGGUGAGCUGGGGCUGGGAAAUGGCAGUGAUGGAACUGGUCUGUCCGGGCACCCCUGGCUCAGCAGUCGGGCAACAAAAGGAGCUCGCCAAAGCCAAGGAGAAGGCGCAGACAUUGGGGAAGAAUCAGAGCUCCGUGUGCAAGCUUGAGGCCUCAGAGAAGACCCCUGUGUUCUGCGGGAAGUGGCAGAUCCUGAACGACGUCAUUACCAAAGGCACAGCCAAGGAAGGCUCUGAGGGUGGGCUGACCGCCAUCUCCAUCAUCGCCCAGGCCGAAUGUGAGAAUAGCCAAGAGUUCAGUCCCACCUUUUCUGAACGAAUUUUCAUCGCUGGCUCGAAACAGUACAGCCAGUCGGAUAGCCUCGAUCAAAUCCCCAACAAUGUGGCCCAUGCUACUGAGGGCAAAAUGGCCCCUAUAUGUUGGAAGGGAAAGCGUCGCAGCAAAGCCCGGAAGAAACGGAAGAAGAAGAGCUCAAAGGCCCUGGCUCAGGCCGGAGUGGCCUUGGCCAAACCUCUCCCUAGGAUCCCUGAGCAAGAGAGCUGCACAGUCCCAAUUCAGGAAGAUGAGUCUCCAUUAGGCUCCUCAUAUGUUAGAAGCACCCCACAGUUCACCAAGCUUCUGAAGGAGCCAAGCCUUGGCCAACUAUGUUUUAAAAAACUCGGGGAAGACAUACGGCCAGCACUUCCUCGAUCGGAAUUCCACAAGCUGAUCAGCCCCCUGCAGUGUCUGAACCAUGUGUGGAAACUCCAUCACCCCCAGGAUAUGGGGCCCCUGCCCCGGCUAGCUCAUCCUGUCCCCUACAGCAGACUGCCCCAUCCCUUCCCAUUCAACCCCCUUCAGCCCUGGAAACCUCACCCUUUGGAAUCCUUUCUGAGCAAGCUGGCAUGUACAGACAGUCAGAAACCCCUGCCUGGCCCACACCUGGGCAAACUGGCAUAUAUAGACAGUCAGAAGCCCCUGCCAGGCCCACACCUGGAGUCUAGCUGCCCAUCACGUGGCACUGGUGAGAAAUUUUCUGUGGAAGAAUACUUGGUGCAUGCGUUGCAGGGCAGUGUGAGCUCAGGCCAGGCCCACAGUCUGGCCAGUCUGGCCAAGACCUGGUCGGCAGGAAGUCCCAGGCUGCGGGGGCCCAGCCCUGAAACUGAAGACAGUGAAGGGGUACUGCUUCAUGAGAAACUCAAGCCAGUGGAUUAUGAGUACCGAGAGGAGGUGCACUGGGCCACAAAGCAGCCCCGCCUGGGCCGAGGCUCCUUCGGAGAGGUUCACAGGAUGGAAGACAAACGGACUGGCUUCCAGUGUGCAGUCAAAAAGGUACGGAUCGAAGUGUUCCGGGCAGAAGAGUUGGUAGCAUGUGCAGGAUUGACCUCACCCAGAAUUGUCCCUUUAUAUGGUGCUGUGAAGGAGGGUCCUUGGGUCAGCAUCUUCAUGGAGCUGCUGGAAGGUGGCUCACUAGGCCAGCUCAUUAAGCAGAAGGGCUGUCUGCCAGAGGACCGGGCCCUGUACUACCUGGGCCAAGCCUUGGAGGGGCUGGAGUACCUGCAUACGCGAAGGAUUCUGCAUGGAGAUGUCAAAGCUGACAAUGUGCUGCUGUCCAGUGAUGGGAGCCGUGCAGCCCUCUGUGACUUUGGCCAUGCUGUGUGCCUUCAACCUGGUGGCCUGGGGACGUCCUUGCUCACAGGGGACUACAUCCCUGGCACAGAGACUCACAUGGCUCCAGAGGUGGUGAUGAAUCAGCCCUGUGACACUAAGGUGGACAUCUGGAGCAGCUGCUGCAUGAUGCUGCACAUGCUCAAUGGUUGCCACCCUUGGACUCAGUACUUCCUGGGGCCACUCUUCCUUAAGAUUGCCAGCGAGCCCCCACCUGUGAGGGAGAUCCCACCGUCCUGCGCCCCUCUCACUGCCCAGGCCAUUCAAGAGGGGCUGAGGAAAGAGCCUGUCCACCGAGCUUCUGCAGUGGAGCUGGGGGACAAGGUCAGCCUGGCGCUGCAGCAAGUCGGGGGUCUGAAGAGCCCUUGGAGGGGAGAAUAUAAAGAACCAAGACAUCUGCUGCCAAACCAAGCGAACUCUCAUCAGACCCUGCGUGCCCAGCCAAGGGACCUCGCACCAGGAAUCCCGAGCCCCCAACCAGCGGAGGGCACUGCAGGUGGGGCUCCUAAGCUCCAGCCUCCUCUGCCACCAGAGCCCCCUGAGCCGAACAAGUCUCCAACCCUGAACCUGAGCAAGGAGGAGUCUGGGACGUGGGAGCCCUUACCUCUGUCCUCCCUAGAGCCUACCCCUGCUCCAAACCCCAGCUCACCAGAGCGCCGAGCAACCUUCCCGGAGCAGGAACUGCAACAGCUGGAAAUAGAAUUAUUUCUGAACAGUCUCUCUCAGACAUUUUCUCUGGAGGAGCAGGAGCAGAUCCUGUCAUGGAUUAGCUUCGACAGCCUGUCCCUGUCAAAUGACAGUGAGAAGAACCCUUCAAAGGCCUCUCAGAGUUCACGAGACACCCUGAGUUCUGGCGUACACUCAUGGAGCAGCCAAGCAGAGGCCUGCAGCACCAGUUGGAACAUGGUGCUGGCCCGGGGGCGGCCCACAGACACCCCAAGCCAUUUCAAUGGUGUGAAAGUCCAAAUACAGUCCCUCAAUGGUGAACACCUGCACAUCCGGGAGUUCCACCGGGUCAAGGUGGGAGACAUCGCAACGGGCAUCAGCAGCCAGAUCCCCACUGCAGCCUUCAGCUUGGUGACCAAGGAUGGGCAACCGGUGCGCUAUGACAUGGAGGUGCCGGACUCGGGCAUCGACCUGCAAUGCGUUCUGGCCCCUGACAGCAGCUUUGCCUGGAGCUGGAGGAUCAAGCAUGGCCGGCUGGAGAAUAGGAGGACACCCACCACUACCGACCUGCUGCCCCGUCCUGCUGCCUCCUUCCAUAGCCCUCGGCCACCGCUGGCAGGGUCGCGGCUGAAACGUCACAGAGGCGGGGUCAUCACAGGCGCCGACGCCCCUGUCAUGUCCACCGCCCCCCACAACCUUUAG